GCCGACUUUACGACUUGCGGAUGUUUUGUGGUGUUUUUAUAGUAAUUUGAUUAAUUAAAAAUGUCAGUGGUAGCGAAAUUACAUAGAACAACUUGGUCUACUCUCAAGCAGUUACAGCAGAAUGGCCGUAAAGCCCGUUUCAGUGCCAGCGCCACGACCAGCCGCAAUGACUUGUUCACACAUGAACAGCGACGACAGCGAGAGGCCGUUGGUCGUGUAGAUAAAAUCGAGGUGCGUUACAUGGGUCAGCCCGAGGAUGUAACUCUGGUAAUGAAUAAACACAUCUCAACGCCUUACAAUUGCGCCCAACACCUGAGCGAGGGUAUUUGUAAACGUUCCGCUUUAGCGCUGAUCGAUGGCAGCGUGCCCUGGGAUAUGCACAGGCCGCUACCAGAAUCGUGUACUUUACAACUACUACAUUUUUUUGUGGCUGAGCCCCAUUUAGUCAACAAAGCAUUCUGGCGGAGUUGUAGCUUUAUGCUUGGCGCUGCUUUAAGUCGGAUAUUCAAAACAGAGGCUCGUUUACAGUUGCACAGCUUUCCAAGCCCAAAUAUAAAAUCGGGCAGCUUUGUUCACGACGUUGUGCUGGGCACACAUACAUGGGAACCGACUAAGGCUGAGAUGCGUGCGGUAUCUGCCGAAAUGGUAAAAUUAGCUGCGCGGGAUAUACCAAUCGAGCGUUUGGAGGUAGAGCAAGAGCUGGCACAGGAGAUGUUUAAGGAUUCCCGUUAUAAAAACGCUCAGUUACCCAGCAUAGCACAACAAAAUCAAGGGCGUGUGACACUUUAUCGGUUAGAUGACCAUAUUGAUAUCUCGCGUGGUCCCAUGGUUGGCUCCACACGUUUCCUCGGAAAAUGUACUAUUAUAGGUGCCCACAAGCUAAGCAAUAAGGGCGCAACAGAUGCUUUUUAUCGUUUCCAAGGCGUGGCGCUGCCCUCCGGGUUUAUGCUGAAUCAUGUGGCCUAUAGCCUGUUAGAGCAACGGGCCCAAAAACUUAAUCCAGCACGUCUACCCAAUGAACCUUUUGAAGAUCAACAGCAAUUGCAGUUAUCAUAACGCAAGGAAAUAACCUUUAGAAGAGCAGUUUUUAACAUUUAAAAAUGUGUUGUAGCCUUUAACAUUGUUACCAAAAAAAGAUUAAAGCAAAAAUCGGUAUUAAAGUAAAGGAA